UAUGCUCAGGCAAUACAAGUCAACCACAAAGACUCCUUACUUCCAUAACACAUGUUGAAUUUAAAAUGGAUACUUUGAAUAUUCUUAUUCAGGAAUCUUGUAAGAUUUGCCCUGCAAGUGUUGCUUAUUGAUGCCUUCUGAAUGAUGGGUUCCAGAUUUCAGUAUGCAAUGACUCUUCACAUUAUUAUUUUCCUGCAGAUAGCUCAUUUGGUCACAGGCCAGUUUAAAAUUAUACCUCCUGACAAUCCUGUCAUUGGAGUCAUUGGGAAAGGAGUCACUUUGCCCUGUCAGCUGGAAGCUAAGACAACUCCCGAGAGACUUUUCGUUCAGUGGAUAUUUACUGGAAAAUCACAGAGAAUUGAUGUGACCACCUAUGAUGGAAAAAACAAACAAAAUCCAAUUAGUGAGGAUGAGACAUACCAGGGCAGGACAAAUUUCUUUCAGACUGAAUUUAAUAAGGGUAAUGUGUCUCUUCACCUGAAAAAUGUCAUGCUCUCUGAUGAAGGGAAAUACACCUGCAGUAUCUUUCUGGAGAAUUGGUAUGAUGAAGUGGUGGUUGAUCUGAAUGUGGCAGCUAAAGGUGAUGAGACUUCCAUCUUCCUGGAUGGCCACAUCAGUAAGGGCAUUGGCCUCACCUGCAAGUCACAGGGAUGGUUUCCAGAGCCCGAGGUAGUUUGGCUGGACAGUAAAGGACAAAUGCGGAAAGAGAAAGUGAUCACCCAAAGAACAAAGACUUCUUCGGGCAUUUUUGAUGUUGUAACUACCAUGAACCUAGAACCAGGAUCUGACAAAGAAGUCUCCUGCAGAAUAGUCAAUAACCUACUCAACACUGCAUGUGAAUCCCGAGUCCUGAUAUCAGAUGUCUUCUUUCCAUCCACUUCACCUUGGAUGACUGCCUUCAUUGUAAUUUUAUGUUUCAGUAUUGCUGUUAUUGCUGCUGUGGGUGCUAAACUGAAGGUUAAUACUACAAGAAGACAAAAAGCAGAUCGACUGAAAGAUGACUUGGACUUAUGGGAAGCCCGGACCCAUGCAG